AUGGACGAGGAAUUGUUGCAACUUUCUCGGUGUAUUAUUUGUGAAAUUACGGUUGGACAAAAUGAGCAGCCGUAUGUACGAUGCACUGAAUGCAGUAGUCGAGAUAACGAAGUGAACUUAUGUGCUUCGUGUUUUCUGAUGGGUGCAGAAUGUGGUGCGCACAAGCGUGGCCAUAAUUAUCAAGUGGAGGACCCGUGUGGACCACCGGUGUUCAAUGCAAAGGCUGGAAUUGAACGACCAUGGGGUUGGAAGCAAGAUAUGAAACUAAUUCAUACAGCUCAUAAAUACCGUCUAGGAAAUUGGGACGAAAUUGCGAAGUGUAUGAAAACAAAUCGAACAGCCGAAGAAGUGAAAAAUCAUUUUGAUCGUUAUUUCGUUCGUGGUGCAGUUGGUCAAUACGCGUCAACCAUUGUUUCAAGGCCAUUUAUUGACGAUAUGACCGUUGAUGAAUGUUUUGGUCGAGAACGAGAUCCUAUCUUUGUUGGUGAUGAUACCACUAAUCAACUUGGUGCAGCCACCUACAACUCAUCGAAAUGGCAGUAUAUAAGAGAAUUUGUGAGUGAAAAUAAUGUGUUGAUCGAUUUGGAUGAACCAAAUUGGAUGGACACAAUAAGUGAUAAAGUGAAGAGGUAUAAAGAGAGGAAGUUGCAAAGUUCACUUAAUCUGUUGAAUUCAUCAUCCACAUCAUCAUCAUGUUCUCGAGCGCUCUUUAUCGAUACAACGCCAAUCAACUCGAGCAGUCAUCACUUCAUCGAUGCAGUCAUCAUGCCUAAGCCGUCUAUCACUCCAUAUCCACCUACACCUCCACUCUCACCAAUACGCAUUACCAUUCAUUCGGUGGAUGCAAGUUCCGAUGAAAGCAGUGAAUUGGGUAUGGCUAACCAUCAUUCAGAGAGCGCUGCUAGUCAAAAUCAACAGCUCAACUGUUCGGCAAUAAGCAAUGGCGGUAACAAGCAUGCGCGUACCCGACGUUGUUUUUCAUCACAACACCCGUCAUCUGCUGCAGAUACUUCCUAUGCAACUUCUUCAACUUCACGUCCUCUCUCAAAUAUCGGUCUGCAAAGUUCUGGUGAUGAAACAGAUCAUUCAACACCGCGAAAUGAAACUACAAAACGGCGUGUAUCAUUACCUGGCCCGAGUCGUACAAAAAGAAGAGUAUCGUCAUCAUCUUUAUCGAAGAAGGAACAUCGCGGUUCGAAGCAGCAGCAUCAACAAAUUAAACAUUUGAAUGGAACAAGUUCAUCGUCAACACUAACAAUAGCAACCACGCCAACAACGUCAUCGUCGAUUAGCAAUAAAGUAUCUGCAAUGAAUGGAUCUGUAUGUGCUAAGAGUAUUCGAAUCAGUGAACGUGAUCAAGAACGUCUAUUAGCCACAUAUACCGAAGCAUAUUUACGUAUGUUGCAUGCGGCUGAAAUGCAACAACAAUCGUCACGAGCACAAAAAAUGUCAAGAUUGCGCGAAGAUGAUUUGCAGUUGUUAGCAUAUAUGCCGAAACGAGACGACUUCGAAUAUGAAUACAACAAUGAAUUUGAGCGACUCAUAAGUCGACUUCAGCUUAGUCCAACGGCUGAAGAGGACGAAAAUGAGCAAUUUGCUGAUGAUGUGAAAAUCAGCAAGGUGCUUUACUACAAUCGGCAAAUGAUGCAAAGACGUCAACGCAAGAAUAUGCUCCGAGAAUUUGAUCUAAUCAACGAAUUCUUCGAUAAGAUUAAGGUUGUUGUAGCGGUUAUCGUUUUGCAUUCAUUCUUUUUGCUCCUUAACAACGCCACUGCGACUCGCAAAAAUCCAUCGACUACACCAGGCGGCAUUUCUUCGUGUUCGGCUCAAGUUCGGCUUGCAUCGUCCCAAAUGAAGAGAACACCCACAGCUCGAAAUGAGGAGUCUUCAGCGAAUCAACAUCAUUAUCGUGAUGAACAGAAGAAUGUCUUAAUCAAUAAAGUCCGUCAAGUGGUUAAUAAGGAAGAAUUUAAACAACUGAACGACGUUAUUAGAAAGCUGGAAUCGUCAUCGAAGCGAAUCGAACAGUUGAAAGAUUUGAAAGCUCGGGGAGUGAAAGUGUUGAAACCUGGUCAGAAAAUCGACUCUGAUCAUCAUACACGUAGACGUAAACGACGAGGUGACAAGUAUAAGUCAUCACAACGCAAGGCAGCACUUCGCUGGAAUCGAUUCAAACGAUGGAAUAAGCGACAGCAACUUCAAUCCGAGGCUGCAACUGAAUCUGAUACUUGA